AUGUCGUCGUCAAUUGCAAUCCCGAUGACCCCGUCGUCGGCCAACACAUAUCACCACCACCAGUCACCCCAGGUCCGGGGUGCUGCUAGCUCUUCCUCGUCGACAUACUCCAGUUCACCUCAAACAUCUUCCCCGACUUCCGUUCAGAAGCGAAAGAUGGUCCAUGAACGUCGUCCUAGCCUUCUCAGCUCCGCCUUGUCGAAGCAGGAAAGCACCGUUAUCAACAUCGGCGAACCAAACGGAACUCCCCGCCUUAUCACCUACCUCUCCUCGAGCCAGGGCUUUGCGUGGAACCCAGAGAUCUUCCUGCCGUCGUAUGUCGAUUGUGACUACACCCCGCUCGAGAACCGACGGGAGCCCGUACACGAGAUUGUCCUUAGCGACGAGGAGAUCAACAACAUGUUUCCCCAAUAA